AUGAAUAAUAAUAAUAACAUAGAGGCUCGUAAUCUUGAGAAGGAGAUCAAUACUCCUUUUGCCAAUGCUGGAUUAUUGAGUAGAAUUUCUUUUUGGUGGUUAAAUCCAUUAAUGAAGAAAGCUAAGAAGAAAAUGAAACUUGAAGAUGAUGAUAUACCCAUGUUGCGAAAUGAUGAUAGAGCAGAAACAUGUUAUUUAUUGUUCAUGGAGAAAUUCAAGACACAAAAGCAAACCAGCGAACCAUCAAUUUUACGGGCAACUGCUUUAUGUUAUUGGAAAGAAAUUCUGGUAUCUGGCUUCUUUGCUCUUCUUAAGGUACUCACUCUUUCAACCGCUCCCCUUUUUGUUGGUGCCUUUAUUAAGGUUACAGAAGGAAAGGGAACCUUCAAACAUGAAGGUAUUGUACUUGUUAUAGCAUUGUUUUUGAUAAAAUUAUUAGAGUCACUAUCGAUGAGGCAGUGGUACUUCCUGAGCGGUUUGAUGGGAGUCAGGCUCAGGUCUUUGCUCUCAGCAGCUAUUUAUCGGAAGCAACUCCGGCUUUCUAAUGCUGCUAAGAAUACACAUUCAGCCGGCGAAAUAAUAAAUUAUGUAACCGUAGAUGCUUAUAGAGUAGGCGAAUUCUCUUACAUGUUGCAUCAGACAUGGACAACAGUCCUACAGACGUGCCUUGGAUUAUUGAUAUUUUUCCAUGCUGUAGGGAUUGCAACACUUGCAGCAAUGAUUAUUUUGAUAUUCACCGUGUUAUGCAAUGGUCCCUUAGCCAAGGUACAACUUGGGUUCCAGACAAAGCUUGCAGUCGCUCAGGAUAGGAGGUUGAAGGCAAUGUCAGAAGCACUUUUGAACAUGAAGGUGGUUAAGCUAUAUGCUUGGGAGACACAUUUCAUGACGGUUAUUAAACGUCUGCGAAGAGUAGAAUACAAGUGGUUGUCGGCUGUGCAGUUGCGUAAGGCAUACGAAGGAUUUUGUUUUUGUGCGACUAAUGUUUUCACAUUCGUAGCAACUCUACGCACCAUGCAAAAUUCUAUUAAAUCCAUCCCUCAAGUUAUUGAUGCAGUAAUUCAUGCAAAGGUUUCGUUACAGCGGAUUGCUAAUUUUCUCGCUGAACCAGAAUUGUUAAGGGAAGAAAUCAGGCAUGCUAGAAAAGAAAAUCCACAAAAUAACCUUACCAUACAUGUGAAGUUGGCUACGUUUUCAUGGGAAGAGAAUCCAUCGAAGCCUACCUUAACAUCCAUAAACUUAGAGGUGAAACCCGGUGAGAAAGUGGCAAUCUGUGGAGAGGUAGGUUCAGGUAAAUCAACCCUCCUAGCUGCUAUUCUUGGUGAGGUACCAGAGGUUGAAGGCUCGAUUCAAGUUCAUGGAAGACUUACAUAUGUCUCCCAGACUGCAUGGAUCCAGUCAGGAAGCAUACAACAGAAUAUACUGUUUGGUCGCACCAUGGAUGAGCUAAAAUACCAAGAAACACUGGAAAAGUGUUCCUUGGUAAAAGACCUUGAGAUGCUUCCUUAUGGUGAUCUAACUGAAAUUGGAGAAAGAGGAAUUAAUCUAAGUGGUGGCCAAAAGCAGCGUAUUCAGCUUGCUCGUGCACUCUAUCAAGACGCUGAUAUCUAUCUACUUGAUGAUCCAUUCAGUGCAGUUGACGCCCUUACUGCUACAAGCCUAUUUAAUGAAUACGUAAUGGGAGCUUUAUCAGAAAAGACAGUCUUACUUGUGGCUCACCAAGUCGACCUCCUUCCUUCAUUUGAUUCUGUUUUGUUGAUGUCACAUGGGAAAAUCCAACAUGCAGCUUCUUUUGAUGUGUUAAUGAGUUCUAGCCAGGAAUUUUUUGACCUUGUCAAUGCACACAAAAAUAUAGUAACCUCAGACAGGUUACCUGCUAAGGUGAAUUCUCGCCAAACUUGCGUUCCUCUUGCUAAAAAGACUGUAGAACCAAUUGCAGUUCAGAAUCAGUUCAUUAAGCAAGAAGAGAGAGAAUCAGGAAUUAGUUACUUAAAGCCUUACCUGCUAUAUCUAAAUCAAGGCAAAGGCUUCUUUUUCUUCUCUUUGGCAACUGUCGCGCAACUUCUGUUUCUUGUUAGCCAAAUUCUCCAGAAUUCUUGGAUGGCUGCCAAUGUUCAGAACCCUCGAAUCAGCAAAUUGCGACUGAUCGAAGUAUACUUGCUGAUCGGAUUUAUUUCUAUAUUUUGGUUGCUUGUUAGAUCUCUUUCUACUGCUGCUCUGGGUAUCAAUUCAUCUAAGUCCUUAUUCUCUAAGCUAUUGAAAUCUCUUAUUCAUGCACCUGUAGCUUUUUACGAGUCUACACCAUUGGGAAGGAUAUUGAGUCGAGUGUCUUCUGAUUCAUCUAUUGUAGACCUUGAUGUUCCUUUCAGUUUAGUAUUAGCAAUUGCAAAUAUACUUAAUACUUACGCGAGUCUUGGGGUAAUGACUGUUAUUACCUGGCAAGUUUUGUUUGUCACAAUACCCAUGGUAUGCUUGGUGAUAUACUUGCAGAGGUACUACUCAGCUUCUGCAAAUGAGUUGAUGCGGAUUAAUGGGACAACCAAAUCGUUGGUGGCAAACCAACUUGGGGAAUCCAUAGCAGGGGCGAUGACAAUAAGAGCUUUCGACGCGGAAGACAGAUUCUUUGCUGAGAGUCUGCAUCUAAUAGACAAAUAUGCUAGUCCUUCAUUUCACAUUUUUUCCACGAAUCAGUGGCUUUUACAACGUCUGGAAACUCUAAGUGCGACAGUCCUUUCUUUCUCAGCACUUGUGAUGGUGUUACUUCCCCAGGGAACCUUUAGUUCCGGGUUUAUUGGAAUGGCUCUAUCUUAUGGUCUCUCAUUGAGCUUGAACCUUUGUUCUUCAGUUCAACAUCAGUGUACAAUAGCAAAUGACAUUAUUUCUGUUGAACGGCUAAACCAAUAUGUGAAUAUUCCUAGUGAAGCCUCACAAGUCAUAAAAGGGAAUCGACCAAAACCCAAUUGGCCCACUGAAGGUAGAGUGGAGAUUCAUGAUUUGAAGAUAAGAUACAGGGCCAAUAGUCCACUUGUUCUUCAAGGGGUUACUUGCACAUUUGAAGGAGGGCACAAGGUAGGGAUUGUUGGAAGGACUGGCAGCGGAAAAACAACACUAAUAAGUGCACUGUUUCGCUUGGUAGAGCCAGUAGAGGGCAAAAUCAUCAUAGAUGACGUCGACAUCUCCACUAUCGGACUUCAUGACCUGAGAUCACGCUUAGGAAUCAUACCUCAAGAACCUACUCUUUUUAGUGGGACAGUGAGAUACAAUUUGGAUCCCUUAGACCAAUAUACAGACCAUGAAAUUUGGGAGGUUGUGGGUAAAUGUCAACUUAUUGCGGCUGUACAAAAUAAAGAUGAGGGUUUGGAUAGUCUAGUUGCACAAGAUGGCGCUAACUGGAGCCUGGGACAGAGGCAGCUAUUUUGUUUAGGCCGAGCUUUGUUAAGGAAAAGUCAGAUUUUAGUGCUUGAUGAAGCUACAGCUUCAAUUGACAAUGCAACAGAUUGCAUUCUACAGAAAAUUAUACGAACAGAAUUCGCAAAAUGUACAGUUAUCACGGUAGCUCAUAGAAUCCCUACCGUGAUGGACAGUACAUUGGUGCUCGCUAUUAGUGACGGGAAAAUCGUAGAGUAUGAUGAACCCAUGAAGUUAAUGAAGGAGGAAGGAUCGCUGUUUGGGCAACUUGUCAGUGAAUAUUGGUCUCACAGUCAUUCUGUAUAACUAAUAAGCAUAUAUAUAUAUAUAUAUAUAUGGUGUCUCCCAAAUAACCUUCCAAGUAAUAAUCACAAAGCACAACGCGACAGAAGAAAAGAAAACGUACCACCUCCCAAAGUUUCUGGUACUACAUUUAUUCCCAAUUGAUCGAUAAAGAAUUUAGUGCGUGGGAGUUUCAAACUCGAAGUCAGGUCAUUGAUUUGAUUACCCAAAGUGUUAUAUCAUUGUUCUUGAGGUACCGUAUAAUCCCCAGUCGGUUUCUUAGAAUAGAACACGGAUGCUAUGGUGGAGAGGGCCGACCGAACAGAAGACAAAUAUGCCAAAUUGAAAAGUGAAAGUAUCACUUUUCCUGAAUUAGAGGGAGUACAUCGUAUUAUUACUUGCAACGGAAAAUUAGUUAAUGCAUAGACCAAAAUAUGACUGUAUAAUGUGCUAUGCAUACUUUGUGGUGGUUAAUUUGCGUCAUGGAUGUGUAUUAUAUUUUCAAGAAU